AUGUCAACCGAUUGUCACCGAUAUUUGUCUCAGUUUGUCGACAUCACUGCCGACACGAUAGACAUCUUAGUUGAAAAUGGUUUCACUUCAUUAAAUACAUUGUUGGCCAUCGAUUUGGACAAACACUGGCAGUAUUUACCGCCGCAGAUAUCUAUGGCACAGAAACUACUGUUGGGACAGGCAUUGGGAAAACUUGAGGCAGAAAUAACCGAUGAUAACGACAACAACGUUAAUAUUGAAAAGUCGGAUAAUAAUAAUAUUGAUGUAAAGGACAGUAUUACUGUAAAUUGUAUCAGUCGACCAUUUAUAUGCAAUUACGACAAUUGCAACAAAACUUAUAAAAGAAAAAAACAUUUGCGUCAACAUAUGAAUUGUGUUCACACGACUGGCCAACGAUUUGAUUGCAAAUACAAUGAGUGCAACAAAUCGUUUGCUAACAAACACUCUAAACGUAUGCAUGAGAGACGGUUUCACGAGAAUCGCCGACAAAAUCAUUCAAUGCCACAACAGCAACAACACAACGUACCUAAAGUGGAAACCAAACCGGAUAUUAAACCGGUAUUUCUGUUAUCGUGGACUCCGAAGUCGUCUCAAUAA